AUGUCAUCGUCAACAGCGACGAUAUCAUCCACAAAUUCUACAAUAACUAAUAAUGAUCGUAAACGACCAAUAUCUUCUUCUAUACGUCCAUCACCAUCACCACCAACAGCCAAACGACAUGGUUUAUCAGCAUCAAAUUCACGUCAUUCAACACAUAAAAAUUUACGUCGAUCAGGAAGAAAUGAAAUUCUUCUAAACAAAUCUAAUGAACAAAAUGAAAGACAAAGUCGUCCAAAACAACAAUUUAGACAUAUUGAUAAUAAAAGGUCAUCAUCAGAUUCAAGCCGAUCAUCAUCAAAUUCAAAUCAUUCAAUAAAUCAAGAAUAUGCGUCACCAACAAUGCGAACAUUUAAUGAUACGUUUCAAUCAACAAUUGAUGUUAACGGUAUGUUCAAUUUAUUUUAUAAAAAUAAUUCUUAA